UUUUGAUUAUUUCACUCAAUCAAUCAAUCAGUUCACUGUUUUUCCGGCAUUUAGGCUCCAAAAUUUUUGGUUCUAGUUUGGCUCUGUUUCUUUAAUUAUUUUAGCUACUUCAAAAUACAGAUAAAAUGGAUAACAGUUUGAUUGUUGAAGGAUUUAAUAUUGCAGAAUUGUCUGAUGAAGAAUUAGCUGAACGUUUACAGACAUUUGGCUUUAAUCCUGGACCAAUAUUAGACUCUACUCGUUCUGUAUAUCAACGUAAGUUAGUUAGAUUAAUGAGAAAUGAAGAUUUUGAGGAAGCAGAAGCAGCUGGGUCAAGUGAUGUCGAUGAAGAAGUGAGACCCAGUCCGAUUCUCAGCAGUACUUUAUUAGAUUAUUCCUCAUCCAGUGCUUCCAGUUUUAGUGUAGAUGAUCUGAGAAGAAGACCCCUUUCCCAAUAUGACGGCAAAGAGUUCUCUAAUUAUUCUCCAACUUUAUCUCCUCAAAAACCUUGGAGCCCCAGCGAUAUUGUUUCUCAGGUUGAACCGCCUCCUGGAGAAAUGGAAAAACCAUUGAUUUCUCCUACUGCCAAAAUUGUUGCUGUUUGUUUUCUGUUGCUAUUUGUUUUUCUAGUUUAUUAUAAUAUGGAAGCCGCACCAACAGACCCAUUCUCAAAAAUAGAAUCAAAUGUUUAAAAUGUGAUUAUUGUGCUUAAAACAUUUUAGAGACAUUCUAAGAAAAUAACUUUACUUUUGCUUAUUAAUGUGUGUUUUAAUUUUUCUUUUUAAAAUUUAAAAUUAUUUCAUUUGGAAUGAAUAUGUAUUGUAAUGAAUUGUAACUUUUGUAUCACAAGAAUAUUCUUUCUUGACUUAUAUUGUAUACUUAUUUGUAAAAGAGUUGUAUAAAAAUAUUCCUUAUUCUA